AUGCGGGGGGGGAGAAGGAGGGGGGAGGACGGGGAGGCGAGGGGGGAGGCCGAGGAGGCGGGGAGGGGGGAGGGAAUGGAGGAGGGGAGGGAGGAGGACGAGGCGGGGGGCGUGGGGGAGGCGAAGGGGGAGGGGAGGGAGGAGGGCGGGGAGGAGGGCGUGGGGGAGGGGAAGGGGGAGGGGAGGGAGGAGGGCGGGGAGGGGGGCGUGGGGGAGGCGAAGGGGGAAAUGGGGGAGGCGGGGAAGGGGGAGGUUUGGGUGGGGGAGAAGGGGGAGGGAAAGGGGGAGGGGAGGGAGGGGGACGAGGCGGGGGGCGUGGGGGAGGCGAAGGGGGAGGGGAGGGAGGAGGGCGGGGAGGGGGGCGUGGGGGAGGGGAAGGGGGAGGGGAGGGAGGCGGGGAAGGGGGAGGUUUCGGUGGGGGAGAAGGGGGAGGGUUGGGGGGAGGGUUUGGGGGAGGGGAUGGAGGAGAAGGGGGAGGUUUGGGUGGGGGGGAUGGGGGAGGGUUGGGGGGUGGGUUGGGGGGAGGGGAUGGGGGCGAAGGGGGAGGUUUGGGUGGGGGAGAAGGAGGAGAUUGGGGAGGAUUGGGGGGAGGGGAUGGAGGAGAAGGGGGAGGUUUGGGUGGGGGAGAAGGGGGAGAUGGGGGAGGGUUGGGGGGAGGGGAUGGGGGAGAUGGGGGAGGUUUGGGAGGAGGGGAUGGGGGGGGAAGGGGGAGGUUUGGGUGGGGGAGAGGGGGGAGAUGGGGGAGGGUUGGGGGGAGGGGAUGGGGGAGAAGGGGGAGGUUUGGGUGGGGGAGAAGGGGGGGACGGGGGAGGCUUGGGAGGGAGAGAAGGGGGAGAUGGGGGAGGGUUAGGGGGAGGGGAUGGGGGAGAAGGGGGAGGUUUGGGUGGGGGAGAAGGGGGAGAUGGCGGAGGGUUGGGGGGAGGGGAUGGGGGAGAAGGGGGAGGUUUAGGUGGGGGAGAAGGGGGAGAUGGGGGAGGCUUGGGCGGGGGAGAAGGGGGAGAUGGGGGAGGGUUAGGGGGAGGGGAUUGGGGAGAAGGGGGAGGUUUGGGUGGGGGGGAGGGGGGAGAUGGGGGAGGCUUGGGGGGAGGGGAUGGGGGAGAAGGGGGAGGUUUGGGUGGGGGAGAAGGGGGGGAUGGGGGAGGCUUGGGCGGGGGAGAAGGGGGAGAUGGGGGAGGGUUAGGAGGAGGGUAUGGGGGAGAAGGGGGAGGUUUAGGAGGAGGGGAGGGGGGAGAUGGGGGAGGGUUGGGGGGAGGGGAUGGGGGAGAAGGGGGAGGUUUAGGUGGGGGAGCAGGGGGAGAUGGGGGAGGCUUGGGCGGGGGAGAAGGGGGAGAUGGGGGAGGGUUAGGGGGAGGGGAUGGGGGAGAAGGGGGAGGUUUGGGUGGGGGGGAGGGGGGAGAUGGGGGAGGCUUGGGGGGAGGGGAUGGGGGAGAAGGGGGAGGUUUGGGUGGGGGAGAAGGGGGGGAUGGGGGAGGCUUGGGUGGGGGAGAAGGGGGAGAUGGGGGAGGGUUAGGAGGAGGGUAUGGGGGAGAAGGGGGAGGUUUAGGAGGAGGGGAGGGGGGAGAUGGGGGAGGGUUGGGGGGAGGGGAUGGGGGAGAAGGGGGAGGUUUGGGUGGGGGAGAAGGGGGAGAUGGGGGAGGCUUGGGCGGAGGAGAAGGGGGAGAUGGGGGAGGGUUUGGAGGAGGGUAUGGGGGAGAAGGGGGAGGUUUAGGUGGGGGAGAAGGGGGAGAUGGGGGAGGGUUGGGGGGAGGGGAUGGGGGAGAAGGGGGAGGUUUGGGUGGGGGAGAAGGGGGAGAUGGGGGAGGCUUGGGCGGGGGGGAAGGGGGAGAUGGGGGAGGAUUAGGAGGAGGGAAUGGGGGAGAAGGAGGAGGUUUGGGUGGGGGAGAAGGGGGAGAUGGGGGAGGGUUCGGGGGAGGGGACGGGGGAGAAGGGGGAGGUUUGGGUGGGGGAGAAGGGGGAGAUGGGGGAGGCUUGGGUGGGGGAGAAGGGGGAGAUGGGGGAGGGUUAGGAGGAGGGGAUGGGGGGGAAGGGGGAGGUUUAGGUGGGGGAGAAGGGGGAGAUGGUGGAGGGUUGGGGGGAGGGGAUGGGGGAGAAGGCGGAGAUUUGGGUGGGGGAGAAGGGGGAGAUGGGGGAGGGUUGGGUGGGGGAGAAGGGGGAGAUGGGGGAGGAUUUGGGGGGGAAGGUGGGGGAGUUGGCGGGGGGGAGGGGGAUGGGGGUGACGGUGGGGGGAAGGGAGGCGGGGGUGGGGGUGAUGGUUGGGGGGGGAGUGGAGGAGGAUGUGGUGGAGAGGGGGGGGGUGCUGCAGGAGAGAAGGAGAAAGGGGCAAGGGGAAAAAGGGGCAAGGGGAAAAAGGGCAAGGGGAAAACGGGAGAGGCACAGACGGGAAGGAUAGAAACAGGAAUGUGA